UAGGGGAAAGUGGGGUAGUAAAGUAGGCUGAGCUUGCUGGUUAGUUAACCCACCCCCUGUAUCUAGGACACUGUGCAUAUAUUUCUAUUAAAGCAGGUCAUAUUCAUUAUUUUCAUCUGGUUGAGGAGACAUACAUUAUAAAGGGAAUGACCUUCAACACAACCAUCCUCAAUCAAUCCAAGAUCUUUACCCGCAAUGAGCAAACGACGGUGGACACCGUCUUUUACACCAUCAUUGUUCUCCUUGGAACCACCGGGAACUCCGUGGUCAUCUGGGUGGCCGGCAUCCGUAUGAAACCCAACGUCACCAACAUAUGGCUGGUCAACCUCGCCGUGGCCGACCUGAUCUUCUGCAUGACACGAGUGACCUCUCUUCUCAGUAUUUUCUUUGACCGCUGGCCUUUCGGAGACUUUCUCUGUAAGUUCAUUGGCUUCUUCAAGUACACCAACAUGUUCUGCAGCGUUUUUCUUCUGGCUGUUAUCAGUGUGGAUCGAGUGCUCUGCGUGUGGCGUCCGGUGUUCACCAGGAACAGACGGACGUUAUGUGUCGCUCGUUUAGUCAGUUUAGGGGUCUGGAUUGUGGCAAUGAUCUUCAGUUCACCAUACUUUGUGCAUCGAGGGGUCUAUCCUGGCAAGAACAACUUGAGCCUCUGCUCCCCAAAGGAAGAAAUAAAAGCAAAAGAAGGGAAUUCAGCAAAGUACAUUUAUUACUACAAUCGUUUCUUCUUUGGAUUUCUGUUUCCUUUCCUGGUGAUCUUUAUCUGCUACGCACUCGCUGCUGUUGGGUUACGAAGAACACGACUUUCUGGAAAAUCGAGACCUCUUCGGAUUUUUGCUUUAUUGGUUUUUGCCUUUUUCUUAUGCUGGGCCCCUUACCACAUCCUAGGUCUUGUUAAGCUGAAGAAUAGGAACCAUCCGGCUGUUAAAUUGGGAUGGAAUAUGACUUCAAACUUGGCCUAUUUCAACAGCUGUGUAAACCCAGUGUUGUAUUUCUGCAUGGGACUGAAUCUCAGGAAAUGCUGCAGGCAAAGCCUGUUAGGGAUUUUUUACAAAGCUCUUGCAGAAGACGACCAAACUCUGUCCCGGGACGGCACGGUGGAAGAGCAGUUGAACUACUCUACAGCUGCUGGUACAGUUCAGCACACACCUGUAUGAAUGUAGACUUAUUGUUCAUAAAAUAAUUCAGCACAGUUUUGAUAAAUACUUGUCAGAAUUAAUAUCAGUGUUUUUUUAUUUAUUUAAAUAGCUGCAAGCUAAUAUGCAAGCUAAUUGCUGAGCUAAUAUACAAAGAUUUAGCACAAAAAGCAUAAGCCAUAUUUAAUGAAAGUGUCUGUCUAUCUAUCUUUGAUCUCAUAUCUCAUUAUUAUUAUUAUUAUUAUUUUAUUCUUCUAUUUUUAUAUUUUUGUAACAUCAGUGGCUUGUUUGCUUUGGUCAUGUUUCUGCUUGGCGGAAAGAAAAUAAUAAUUGUUUAUGCAUAUACUGCCCUGUAAGACAGAAAUACAACAUUGCCUGUUUGCUGUAAGCAAUACCUGACAGGUACUGAAAGUUCAGGUAUAAAGGAAAAACAAACAAGUUAAUUCUUUUUACUAUUGCAUAUUAUUUCCUUUUGUUUUUAUUUAAUAGCGGUUUAUAUAAUAAAUGCAAAAUUUUUUUUUAUAAAAAUGCUGGGUUAUUUUCAACCCAGCGUUGGGUCAAAAAGGGACAAACCCAGCUGUUGAGUAUAAUUAA